ACCACGCACCACUACAACUAGCUAGCGCCGCCGCGUGCUCGGCCCUCUGCUACCGCGCGCCGCGCUUCGACUCGAGACACGCUCCGUCGCCGCGCACGCGUCUCCCGCUUUCUGAAUUCCCUCCGCUGCUCCUUCCCUUCCUUUAAUUUCCCUGCUCUCGCCACCCACCCACCGAUCGAUCUCCCUUCCCAUCCCCUUCUCCCUCUUCUCCCCUGCAAACAACAGCAAGCGGCGCAGCUAGCGGUGCGGCGGAAUGGCGACGCUGGAGGACCUGGGCGUCUCCGCCUUCAUCAACAUACUGAGCGCCUUCGUCUUCCUCCUCCUCUUCGCCGUCCUCCGCAUCCAGCCCAUCAACGACCGCGUCUACUUCCCCAAGCUCUACCUCGCCCACAAGCGCACCCACGACCACUCCUCCCGCUCCGCCGUCCGCCGCUUCGUCAACCUCAACAUCUGCACCUACAUCACCUUCCUCAGCUGGGUACCCGGCGCGCUCCGCGUGACCGAGCCCGAGCUCAUCGCGCACGCGGGCCUCGACUCCGCCGUCUACCUACGCAUCUACACGCUCGGUCUCAAGAUGUUUUUGCCCAUUGCAGCUCUCGCACUGCUGGUUCUUGUUCCAGUCAAUGUAUCAGGCGGCACAUUACUUAAUCUAAAAAAAGAAGUUGUUUUCAGUGAUAUCGAUAAGCUUUCCAUAUCAAAUGUAAACCCUGGAUCCAACAGAUUCUUUGUUCAUCUCCUGAUGGCAUAUGUGUUCACAUUCUGGGUGUGCUUCAUGCUGUAUAAAGAAUACAGCAAUGUUGCAUUUAUGAGAUUGCAUUUCCUGGCUUCCCAGAAGCGUUGCGCCGAUCAGUUUACUGUGAUUGUUAGAAACAUUCCUCGCAUCUCAAGCCAUUCAACUUCUGAAACAGUUGACGAGUUCUUCCGAAGAAAUCAUCCAGACCACUAUCUUGGUCAGCAGCCUGUUUACAACGCAAAUCGGUACGCUAAACUUGUGAAGAAAAGGGAUAGGCUUCAAAAUUGGUUGGAUUACUAUCAGCUGAAGUUUGAAAGGCAUCCUGAGAAAAGACCAACUAGAAGGACAGGAUGCCUUGGUUUCUGUGGCAGGGAAGUGGAUCAAAUUGACUACUAUCAGGCUAGAAUCAGCGAGCUUGAGAGGAAGAUGGCAUCCGAGCGCCAGAAAGUUCUCAAUGACCCAAAAGCUAUUAUGCCGGUUUCUUUUGUUACGUUUGACUCAAGAUGGGGUGCUGCUGUGUGUGCACAGACACAACAGUCGAAGAACCCAACCCAAUGGCUGACUGAUUGGGCUCCUGAACCGCGGGAUGUUUAUUGGCAGAAUCUUGCCAUCCCAUUUUUCUCUCUCAGUAUCCGCAGAUUUCUGAUAUCCGUUGCGGUCUUUGCUUUGGUGUUUUUCUACAUGAUACCUAUCACAUUUGUGCAAUCACUUGCCAAUCUUGAGGGUCUUGAAAAAGUUGCUCCUUUUCUGAAGCCAGUAAUAGAAGUAAAAGUGGUAAAAUCCUUCCUGCAGGGGUUUGUUCCCGGUCUGGCUCUGAAGAUCUUUCUCUAUAUCCUCCCUACAGUUUUACUGAUCAUGUCAAAAGUUGAAGGCUACAUCUCUUUAUCAUCGCUGGAAAGGAGGACUGCUUCGAAAUAUUAUUACUUCAUGCUGGUGAAUGUAUUCCUUGGAAGCAUAAUCGCUGGCACAGCCUUUGAACAGCUAUACACUUUCCUCCACAAGCCUGCUACACAAAUACCAAUGACAAUCGGAGUAGCUAUACCAAUGAAGGCCACAUUUUUCAUGACGUACAUAAUGGUUGAUGGCUGGGCUGGUAUUGCAAACGAGAUCCUUCGAGUGAAGCCUCUGGUGAUAUACCAUCUGAAAAACAUGUUUAUCGUGAAAACGGAGAGGGACAGGGAGAGGGCGAUGGAUCCUGGUAGCAUUGGGCUUGGAGAAAACCUUCCAACACUGCAGCUGUAUUUCCUCCUUGGGCUUGUGUACGCCGUCGUCACCCCCAUUCUCCUGCCAUUCAUUAUCAUCUUCUUUGCCUUUGCUUUCCUCGUCUACAGACAUCAGAUCAUCAAUGUUUACAAUCAGGAGUACGAGAGCGCUGCUGCAUUUUGGCCUCAGGUGCAUUCCCGAAUAAUAGCAAGCCUGUUGAUCUCUCACCUAACUCUGUUUGGGUUGAUGAGCACAAAGGAAGCUGCUUUCUCCACCCCUCUACUCAUCUUCCUGCCACUGCUGACAAUAUGGUUCCACAAAUACUGCAAGAGCCGGUUCGAGCCUGCUUUCAGGAAGUAUCCGCUAGAGGAAGCGAUGGAGAAGGAUAACAUGGAGCACGCGUCAGAGCCUAACCUGAACCUGAAAUCCUUCCUGGCUAACGCCUACCUGCAUCCCAUCUUCCAUCUUUUCGAGGAAGCGGCGAAAGAGGAGGAGACGGUGGAGGUGAGGAUCGACAAAGCCCAGAAGCAACAGCAUCAUCACCGUCAGGAGGAGGAGACUCAUGUGAGGAGCUCAUCUCAGUACCAUGAGGAGAGUCACUUGAGAAGCACCCACGAGAUGCACUACCACCACGAGGAGAGCCAAUACAGCAGGAGUACCCAGUACCAUGAGGGGAUCCACGUGAGGAGCGACAUGGACUCGCCGUCGCCGCCGCACUUCGUCUAUCACUACGACAUCCAGCCCUGAAUGAUACUGAAAAAGCAGUGGUCUCUAACUUGAUUUUGGUUUUCCUGGUCCUGUGAAUUCUUCUCUUAGUUACCUUACCCUUAAAAAGGAUGCUGAAUUGCCAAUGAUUGAUGAAUUGUUCGAUGUACAUGCUAGUGUGUAGUGUGGUAGUGACUGUAAAAGUAAACCCUGAUGUGCCAGAUGAGGAGUCAGCUCUAGUGUUGCGUAUUCU